UUCCAGCAUUCCGCCCGUUUCCUCUUUCGUCCACCUGGCCCUUAAAGCCGCUGUGUCUCUGAGAUGGCCCUGACCGUGAUCAUCCUCAGUCUGCUGUCCCUGAGUGGGUCCGCCCUGUCUCAGCCUUCCUCUCCUCCCCCUCGGGGCUGCGGCGUGCACGUGGACCCUCCGUACAGAGUCCUGUGUGACCUGGAGUCUGUCUGGGGUGUGGUUCUGGAGGCUGUGGCCUGCAGUGGCGGUCUGGCCUCUCUGAUUCUCUGUGUCCUGUUACUGCUCAAACUUCGGUCCGUGUCGGACUCUGCUCGGCGCUCCAGCCUGGGCCCUCUCCUUCUGCUUCUUGCUACGCUCCUUGGUCUCUUCCUCCUGUCUUUGGGCUUCCUUGUUGGGAAGACCCAGGUCCUGUGCGUGGUUCGCAGAGCCUUCUGGGGUCCCCUUUUCGCCCUCUGCUUUUCGAGUUUGCUGGUCCAGGGAGUGAGACUGAGGAGGCUGGUGGCCGGAAAGUCAAGUCCCACCGGCAGCUGCCUGGCGGCGCUGGGCCUGGCUUUGGCCUUGGUUCAGGGGAUCAUUUCUGCUGAGUGGGUCCUGCUGACAGUGGUUCGAGAAGGUCACUCUGCCUGUGAGUACCCGCCGUUAGACUUCGCCCUGAUCUGCAGCUACACACUGUGCCUCCUGCUCAUUGCCAUGGGUCUGUCUCUGGGGGUGGUGCUGUGUGGGGGAGAAAUGGGGGUGGAGCCAACAGGUGGAGGUGAGGAGGACAGAGAGGCAGAGAGUGACAAACAGAGCUGGAAGUGCAAUGCCGUCUGGCUCUUCCUGUCCUGUCUGGUAUCAGCACUGCUGUGGGUGGCCUGGCUCGGCUUUUACCUUUAUGGCAGCCAGGCACUGAGGGUAAAAGUCAAAGGGGAAAAGUCAAGUGUAGGAGGACAGAGAGACAUGAAUGUCCUGGAUGAGCCUGCACUGGCAGUGGCCCUGGUCAUUCAGGGGUGGGUCCUGCUUCUGUUCCAUGCAAUUCCAGAGGCACACCUGUGUCUCCACAGAUCUGCACUGUCAACCACGGCGGACUUCUUUGAUGGCCCUCAGUCUCCCUCACCACGGUUUGGAGAGCAGCUUCCUGCCCACGCGCACCGGUCUUUCCAUGACAACAAGGCCUAUUCCAUGGAGGAGCACAGUGCAACUGUCAGAAGUGGAAGCUACCACAGUAGCUUGCGUCCCGGCAUCUCCAUCAGAGGUCAUGUGUACCAGCCCACUGAGAUGGCCCUGGUCAUGAACGGCGGUACAAUGCCCGCUGCCCCCAUUAACUACACCGGACGCCGGUUAUGGUAAUGAGGAACCAGCAGGAACCAUGAAGGUCCUGAUGAUGAAGGAAUUUGAAUGUCAAAGGUUUGAUGGAUUUUUGUUCAUGUGCACAUCUGUGAAUUUAAUUUAACUCCUGUUUUAACACCUCUGGUGGUUCGUUUGUGAAACUGAGCUGAUUAAAUCCUGAAAGGAUCCAAGAGCAUCUGCUGGGUUUGGACAGUGGGGAUCGGGUUCCGUAAGGUGGAGGGCACCAGCACACGAUUUUCCACCUGAGCCGGACGACAAGCAAAGAUGUCAGAACACUGUCAGGACCUUCAGGGCUCUUAGAGAAUUAAACACAAACCUGCUCAACGUUUCUACUUUUUGUGCAGAAAAGUCCAGAGGACUCAUUCACAGUCUUUUCCUCUUGUUACAGUUGCACUUUUGGAGUGAACAGAACUUUUGCAGAGCUCCGGCUCGUUUUGACAAACAGCCAUAAACUCAGCACUUUAUCUCAACACGGCGGCACCAUUUUGUCGUGACUAUUUGAAAUCUGCGGAGACGGUCAGGCGUCCUUUUCCACGCAGUAAAGAUGUAAAAUAUAUUGUGUUUGUGACAGUAUCGCAUGAUCUUUCAAUGCUUUUCAGACCAGGGUCAAAGGGUCAGACCAGGCCCAGUUGCACUGAAAUAACGUUUGGAGCCAAGAGCAGAAGCACAUUUCUAAUAAUUAACAAAAGAUCAUAUUUAGGUCAGCUGGGGGUUUAUACGUGCUGGUUUUACAUUUUGUAAAAGGAGGUCAUGUGACCAAACAGACUGAAUACUUCUGCCAACAAACUAAUAAUAUUAACUCCAAAAACCAAGAGGUAGCAGCUGUGAAUUGUGAGGUGCGUACAGACUGCUCCCCGUUGACCUCCGACCUGCUGUCACCAAACAAUCUGUGCCUUUGUUAUGUCAUAAGACAUCAACAUUCGAGAUCAAAGUGAAACCAAAAUGACAAU